UACAGAUGGAACUAGAGUCAUCAGGCUGAAGAUCUGAGUCCCAGUCCUGCGUGUAGGAGCAAAGCACUGCCUGACUGCUUCAGCCUGGGAGGUGUGUCGGUGGUGGAGGCCUGGUGGAUGAGUCCAUUCCAUGCCUCCUUGGCUGCUGCGUGUCUUGCUUCUCCCAUCUGGUUCGCAGCCAGUGAGGUCUACCCAGGUGGCCAUGCUGAAUGGGGAGACGAGCAGCUCUGCAGCCAGGAAUGUGGUCCGCAGCUCCAGCAUCAGUGGAGAAAUGUACAACAUAGAGAAGAGCAAUGGUGGCAAUUCCGAUUCAGCCAGUCUCUCCUCCACUAAGAAGCGGCGAUCCAGCCUGGGUGCCAAGAUGGUGGCUAUUGUGGGGCUGUCCCAGUGGAGCAAGAGUACUAUGCAGCUCAAUCACCCUGAUGGUGGCUUAAAGAAACUUCGAAGUAAUAUCCGUCGCAGCACCGAAACUGGGAUUGCCGUGGAGAUGAGAAACAGGGUCACCCGUCAAGGCAGUCGAGAGUCAACUGAUGGAAGUACUAACAGCAACAGCUCUGAUGGCACAUUUAUUUUCCCUACAACCAAGCUGGGAGUUGAAAGCCAGUUCAGUGACUUCCUAGAUGGUCUGGGACCAGCGCAAAUUGUAGGGCGACAAACACUGGCUACUCCACCAAUGGGUGAUGUCCACGUUUCAAUGAUUGACCGGAAUGGACAGCUAGAAGUGGAAGUGAUAGAAGCCCGAGGUCUCACGCCCAAACUAGCAGCCAAAUCUUUUCCUU